AUGAAGAUGAGAAGGAGGAGGAGGGUGAACAGGUUGAUGGAGCUGCCGUCGCAUAUCCUGGUGAACAUCCUUUUAAGAUUGCCAUCUGAAUCAAUCUGUUGCAUCCGAUGCGUCGCCAAGGACUUGUUAAACACUGUUGAUGACUACUCGUUUGCUAAACUCCACAUGGCCGCCGCCGCCGACGGCAUCAAUCUCAUGUCUUUUGCGGAACCCUAUUCUUCUGAGACCAGUGCAGUCGUAGCAUCCUUGCAACCAGUCAAAUAUGAUGGCGCCGCCGCCAUGACAACUAGAGGCAAAUACGCUUUUAAAGUCUCUACCACGCCACACCGCCGUGAGUAUCCGACUUACACCAUUGAUUUUGUUUUCCGCAACCUGUUUUGCUUCCGAAGUAAAUAUGAUCCCGGAGUUUGUUUUCUAAUCAAUCCUCCUAUGGGACAAGUUCUAACGCUCCCUAGGAAUGAUAUUUCCAAAGAUGCCAAGUCCCAAAUAUUCAACGACUGGUACGGGAUGGGAUUUGAUCAUGCUACUAACACCCUGAAGAUUCUUACUGUCGCCAUGAUUAAUGCUAGGUUCCUGGCAGCCCAGGUUCUUGUAUUGGGCACAAGCUCCUGGCGACACAUUGCCCCUCCUCCUUGUUCAUUGUCCGGUGGUGUUAAUAUGUAUUCCGCAAAUAGUGCAUGUGUAAAUGGGGACAUGCAUUGGUUGGUUUAUGGUGAUUUCAGGGGACGUCAAGGAACCUGUCAUAUACUUUCUUUCGACUUUGAGAAAGAACAGUUUUAUUGGACUCCCCACCCCAUCUUACAAAGCUCCGAUGAUGAUAGGUACAUCUUCUGGCAUUUGCAUUUGCUUACUUUUAGAGGGUCUCUGGCCAUGGUGGAUACUUCUUUAUCACAAGGUACCAUUACAAAGAUUGAUAUAUGGGUGUUGCAAGAUCAUCAGUGGGCAAAACAGUACGGCAUAGACAUCAACAAUUUUGAAUUGGUUAAGGAGUUUGGAUGGUUGGUAGAUGUUACUUGUGGCCAAUGGGAGCAUGGCAUAUAUUUCAAAAAUUUUGCCAAAAUCCCCACCUUCUUUUUGGAUCUAAGAUGUUAUUCCAUGAAUAUCGUAACAUGUGGUAGUGGGGAACGGACCAGAAUUUUAACUUAUACUGGAAGCUUGAAAUCCUUGAAGAAUUUCGUUGGAGCUGAAAACCUAAAGAGUUGUGGCAAUUUGAUUGAAGAAGAAGCACACGGAUUUCAUUUAUCUAAGAGGCAUGUGUUGCAAGGAGUCUCAGUUAGCUGA